CUCAGCCGCACUUUUAACGAAAUGACAAAGGUCGCAAUGGCAGCGCUACGAGCUCGUCUGCUUUGACAUUUCGGUGGGACGUUUCUGUUAAGACAGACGGAAAUUGGAGAAGUGACAGGAAAGGAGGUUCUACGGCUCGACUGCAGUCCAACUCGGCUCCUUUUUAAAUGGAGUGUAUGAAAAGCAAAUGCAAAUAUAUCAGCGUUGCGUUCUGGAGUCUAGUUCUAAUGUUUAGGGGCUUUUAGAUGUAGCGUACAUAAAUGUAUCUGAUGUUCUGUGCAUUGAAAUAUUGCGCUCAGUUCAUCACAAAGUGUUUGAAGACCCACUUAAAUGUUAUGGAGUCACUGGUUUUAUGGUUCACUCGUCUGACAGACCGUGUGUGGGUUCGAUCAUCACUCAGUAAGUUUACAAGUUUAUUUCAAAACAAACUGUAGGAACCAACAAGAAGGCCAAAUUCUGAAUUUGAAAUGGGGAUGGGGCAAGCAGGACCGAUGAAUUCUUCCCCAUGAUCCCAAAUAAAAACACCAAUACGAAACAAAGCCACACUUGCCCAAGACCACAACAAAAAGAGGGGUGCCGGAGAGGGGGGUCCGUCGGCAAGUCGAAUCUCAGGUUCAGGAGGAGCAGUGUGGUUUUUGUCCUGACCGUGGAACAGUGGACCAGCUCUACACCCCCGGCAGGGUCCUCGAGGGUGCACGGGAGUUCGCCCAACCGGUCUACAUGUGUUUUGUGGACUUGGAGAAGGCGUUUGACCAAGUCCCGCGGGGAGUCCUGUGGGGCGUGCCGAACCCCCUGAUACGGGCUGUCCGGUCCCUGUACGACCAGAGUCAGACUUCGGUCCGCAUAACCGGCAGUAAGUCGGACUCGUUUCCGGUGAAGGUUGGACUCCGCCGAGGCUGCCCUUCGUCGCCGAUACUGUUCAUAACGCCGCUGCUCGUCCGAGUACGGGAGGAGCCAGAUGAGGCGGCCGGGGCAUCUGAUUCGGAUGCCUCCCGGGCACCUCACCGGUGAGGUGUUCCGGUCACGUCCCGCCGGGAGGAGACCCCGGGGACGACCCGGGACACGCCGGAGAGACCACGUCCUUCGGCCGGCCCGGGAACGCCUCGGGAUCCCCCCCGGAAGAGCUGGAUGAAGUGGCCGGGGAGAGGGAAGUCUGGGCGUCCCUGCUAAAGCUGCUGCCCCCGUGACCCGAAAAUGGAUGGAUUACUGAAAAUGUUAACAUCCAACUUCAUGUUUUUCCCUUACGGUCUUGCCACACAUUUCACUUCAACGUAGCCUAUCACAAAAUGCAUUCAGAUAUGUGGUAUCUCAGUCCGAACACUAGGGGGCAUUACGUAAAAGGAGUACAGAGGAGAUAAGAGACGACAAAGAACUCGGACAUAUUUCUUUAUUUGCAAUGGCCUCGCUCCUCUGUUUACAUGUUAGCGCCUCCCGUCGAGGAGAACAGCAGAGGAGCGAGGAGGGACAAAUGUUUGGAUUUCUUCAUUUCGUGGCGAUGGCAAUCAAAGGCGUGAUGCACUGUAGAAGAGGACACUCGCCGGGUAGCCGCCAGAGGACGAUGAGCCCGCCUCGAGUCUUGGCCCUGUGCUUCCUCACAGCCGUGGCGCUGGGCUACAAGCAGGGGGACAACGUGACGGUCUACGUCAACAAAGUGGGUCCUUAUCAUAACCCUCAGGAGACGUAUCACUUCUACACCUUGCCUGUUUGCAGGCCAGACAAGGUGCAUCACAAGUCUCUGAGUUUGGGCGAAGUGCUGGAUGGUGACAGAAUGGCCGAAUCGUUGUAUCACAUUCGGUUUCGAGAGAAUGUUGAGAAGAAAACUCUUUGUCAGCUCACGCUUUCAGAGAAACAGGUAGACCAGCUCCGCGAGGCAAUCGAAGAGCUGUACUACUUUGAAUUUGUCCUGGACGACAUUCCGAUCUGGGGCUUUGUGGGAUACAUCGAGGAGAGCGGCUUCCUGCCGCACAGCCACAAAGUGGGUCUGUGGACUCACCUGGACUUCAACAUCGAGUACAACGGCGACUCUGUGAUCUUCGCCAACGUCUCUGUGAAGGAGGUCAAACCUGUCCCUCUGGAGGACGGUGCCGGAGCAGCCCUGGGCGGCGUCGGGGUGGGCGGGGGAAGCCUGACGGUCAUUCACACGUACAGCGUGCGCUGGUUCGAGUCCCCGCUGACCCACGCCCGCCGAGCGGAGCGCCUUAGGGACUACUCGUUCUUCCCCAAAACAUUAGAGAUCCACUGGCUGUCCAUCAUCAACUCGCUGGUGCUCGUGGUGCUGCUGCUGGGCUUCGUUAUCAUCAUCCUCAUGCGGGUUCUGAAGAACGACUUUGCCAGGUACAACGUCGAGGAGGAGGCAGGCUGUGAUGACCUGGACCAAGGAGACAACGGCUGGAAGAUCAUACACACUGACGUCUUUCGGUUUCCCCCUUACAAAAGCUUGCUUUGCGCCGUGCUCGGAGUGGGGGCCCAGUUCCUUACCCUUGCGACAGGAAUCAUCGUCAUGGCACUCCUGGGAAUGUUCAAUGUGCACCGCCACGGCGCCAUUAACUCUGCGGCCAUCGUCUUGUACGCUCUGACCAGUUGUGUGUCAGGUUACGUCUCGUGCAGCUUUUACACACAAAUUAACGGGAGGCGUUGGGUGUGGAACAUCAUCUUGACUUCGUCUCUCUUUUCCGCUCCUCUGUUCCUGACUUGGAGCGUCGUCAACUCGGUCCACUGGUGGAGCGGCUCCACGCAGGCCUUGCCGGCCACCACCGUGCUCCUCCUCCUGGGCGCCUGGGUGUCGGUGGGCUUCCCGCUCACCGUCAUCGGCGGCAUCGUAGGCAAGAACCGAGCGGGCGGCUUCCAGGCUCCGUGCCGCACUCGGAACAUCCCUCGGCAGAUCCCUCCGCAGCCCUGGUACAAGCACGCUGCUGUGCACAUGGCCAUCGGUGGCUUCUUGCCAUUCAGUGCCAUCUCAGUGGAGCUGUACUACAUCUUUGCCACCGUGUGGGGCAGGGAGCACUACACUCUCUAUGGCAUUCUGCUGUGCGUCUUCGCCAUCCUCCUCUCAGUGGGUGCCUGCAUCUCGGUGGCCCUCACCUACUUCCUGCUGUCCGGCGAGGACUACCGCUGGUGGUGGCGGAGCGUGCUGAGCACGGGCUCCACUGGCCUCUUCAUCUUCGUUUACUCUGUGUUCUACUACAGGAACAGGUCCUCCAUGAGCGGCCUCGUGCAGAGUACAGAGUUCUUCGGCUACUCUCUGCUCACGGCGCUGGUCUUCUCACUGAUGCUGGGUAGCGUGUCCUUCUGGGCCUCGCUGGCUUUUAUUCGCUACAUCUACCGCAGCCUUAAGAUGGACUAGGCACGCGUGCUGAAGCUGUUAAAAGCGCUUAUCUCACCACACCGAAGGGUGGUCUUUGUUCCCCUGUUCUUUUCAUGCUCAUGCACACACACACACACACACACACACACACACCACAUGAGAGAACAUACUGCGGGGUAGACUGGAGCCAGCAGUUCAAGUUGAGGAGCAGCCAUCGUUUCUCACAUGAAGGAUGCAUCUGGGGCUGGUGUAUAAACAAUAAAAUGGACUAACGGAGGGAUGUGACUUGUGGGACGCCCCGAACAAAUAGUUUCUGCUGUGGUUUGGUCAGCACUUUAGUGUACGCGAAUGUUGACAAACUGUACUUUCGGUCGCACAGCAUUGCAGAAUGACUUGCAAUACGAUUCUUUUUGUCAGCCUGUUUUAAACUAUUUGAAAGCAUCGUUUUUCAUUGGUCCUUCAGAGGAUGCGAUUUUGGUGCCUUGUAAACAGUGUUGCAUAAUCAAGGGAGCAAUAUUGACAGUGUGGCAACCGACUGAUUUGUUUUGAUUUAAAUACUCUAAUAAAAUACAUUGUAGUCAUAGACAACUA